UUUCGUUAUAACAUGUGUGACCAUAUCUCGCUUAGUUUAUCAGUUAACUGUGCUCGCUCAUACCAUCAGGAUGGUUCAGAUUUUCGGUGCAGUUUCGUUGCUAUUGAUAUUACUGUCAAUAGUGCUCGCUGAUGAAGUGUCUUAUAAAAAUUACAAAAUAUACAAUGUUCACACGAAAACACAUGCCGAUUUAGAAUUACUCCACCGUCUAAGGAAUGACUUGGAUUUGGAUUUCUGGAGCCCCGCAGCUCUUAACCGAAAUUCUUCAGUAAUGGUUAGCCCUUGGAAUGAUGGAUUAUUCAGAGAGCUGUUAACUAAAAAUGAUGUUGAGCAUCGGCUUACUCAUAGCGAUGUUGAAAGCUUGAUGAAUCAGAAAAGCGCAGAGAAUCGAAUCAACUCUCGUAGACGUCGCAACACCAAGCAAGAUGAUACGAUUGCCAAAUUUGAUCACUUCUGGACACUAGAUGAGAUAUAUCAAUACUUAGAUGAUCUAAAGCAGAAGUAUCCCCAUUUAGUACGAGUGAAGGACUACGGAGUUACUCAUGAAGGUCGUCCAAUCAAAGUUAUCACCAUCAGUGCCACGGGAGUUGUUGAUGAAUUCCAUCCGGCAGUGUUAAUUGAUGGUGGUAUACAUGCCCGGGAAUGGGCAGGGCACAUGUCAGUGGUUUAUCUGAUUCAUCAAUUAGUCGAACGUUCUGCGGAGAAUAUGGAACUUUUGAACAGCACCAAUUGGGUGAUUAUGCCGGUGGCAAACCCUGAUGGAUAUGUCUACACACAUGAGUCCAACCGAUUGUGGAGGAAGAACCGAGCACCUGCUAAUACUGUUUGCAUUGGAACGGAUCUUAACAGAAACUUUCCUUUCCAGUGGGCUUUUUAUGGAGGUGAAUGUUCGAUUGGAUACGCUGGUCCCACUCCUGCUUCAGAGUUGGAAACGCGAGCGAUGAUGCUACUAAUGGCAAACUAUGCACGCGUCACAAAAGUAUAUCUGGCAGUUCAUAGCUGUGGGGACUUUAUUUUGUACCCCUAUGGAUACGAUUACGUCGAUGUACCGAAUAAAGCCCAGUUGCAGUUAUUGGGAGAAAAAGCUGCAGCAGCCGUCAAAGCGAUUGGUGGCCCUGAAUAUGCCGUGGGAAAUUCGGCCACUUUGCUUUAUCCAGCCAACGGAAGUGAUGAUUUUAUCUAUGGCAGCUUCGGGGUGGAAUAUGCUUAUACUUUGGAGCUUUCUUGUGGCGCUAAUAGUGGAGACGGUUUCAUUAUCGAUCUAGCGGAGAUGCAGAAAAUCACCAAAGAAGCUUUCGAAAUGUUUAAAGUUUUUGGAACAUUUGCUGGAGAACAAAAAGUUAAACCUCUGAACACAGCGAACAUAGCUGACCAGUCUCUGUAAAUCUUAUCGGUCUGAAUUGACCAUUUAAUUGCGAACGAAUAAACAAUGAAUACCUUCAUAAACCAA